UAGUAGUAGGGUCUGUAGGGAAAGAAAUAUAAUGGAGUAACACUUGAAAAGUUAGUUUCAACAACAAAAACAUCAGCAGUGCCUCGGUCCCAAGCUAACUGGCAUCAAUUAUAUGAAUCUUUACCAUCGAUUUCGGUCCAUUUGGAUCCAUUACAUUUCAAUAUUCACCUACAAAAUUUGUUUGAUUCAAGAAAAUUUUAAGUGAAUUUGGAUCCUUGAAAAUUGGAAGUCUGUAUAGACUUAGACUGUGUUAUCAAUGAAAUGGUGUCAAACAUUUUGAAGCUUUCCUAUAUAGAAAGGGGUCAUAUAGAUUCUAACGAAUGGAGUAUUAGAUACUUUGAAGUUGGAGGGAAAAAAUUGCCUAAUUACGUGAAGAAAGCUUUGCCUACUUAGGGCUUGCAGUUUAAGUGAAGGUGUCCUUUCUCAUUUAGCAGAUAUGCAUCCUGAUAUUCGGCCCUUGGCGGAGCAAGAUACUGAAAGCCUGCAACAUCUGCUCCCUGAGAUACCACUUUGGGUUAAAAAUCCAGAUUAUGAUCGUCUUGAUUGGCUUAAUAAAAUGAUCGAACUCAUGUGGCCUUAUUUGGACAAGGCUAUUUGUAAAACAGCAAAAGGUAUAAUAGAUCCGAUCAUAGCUGAGCAGAUUCCACCGUACAAAAUUGAGUCGGUUGAAUUUAAAUCAUUCACCUUGGGCACCUUGCCACCUACAUUUCCAGGAAUGAAGGUCUAUAUCACUGAGGAGAAAGAGCUGAUAAUGGAACCAGUCAUCAAGUGGGCUGCUAAUCCUAACAUCACCGUUGCAGUAAAGGCAUUUGGGUUGAAAGCCACUGCUCAGGUGAUUGACUUGCAAAUAUUUGCUUCUCCUCGAAUCACCUUGAAGCCACUCGUUCCGACCUUCCCAUGUUUCGCGAAGAUAUAUGUUUCUCUUAUGGAGAAGCCUCAUGUUGAUUUUGGACUAAAACUUCUCGGAGCAGAUGCAAUGUCCAUUCCUGGUCUAUACAGAUUUGUUCAAGAAAUUAUCAAAGAUCAGGUUGCAAAUAUGUAUCUAUGGCCGAAAACACUCGAGGUUCAAAUACUGGAUCCUUCCAAAGCAAUGAAGAGGCCAGUUGGGAUUCUUAACGUGACAGUUGUGAAGGCAAUGAAGCUUAAGAAGACAGAUUUCUUGGGGCUCUCAGACCCCUAUGUUAAACUAAAAAUGUUUGGCGACAAACUCUCAUCGAAGAAAACAGGAGUCAAACACAAAAACUUGAACCCCGAAUGGAACGAGGAAUUUAGUUUCGUGGUUAAGGAUCCAGAAACUCAAGUCUUAAAAUUUUCUGUUUAUGACUGGGACCAGGUGGGCUCACAUGAAAAAAUGGGAGUGAAUAUUGUCCCAUUGAAAGAUCUUACGCCAGACGAACCAAAAGUAUUGACACUUGAUCUUCUGAAAAACUUAAAACCAGAUGAUGUUCAAAACGAAAAAGCAAGAGGACAACUUGUUCUUGAAGUGAUGUACAAAGCUUUUAAUAACGAAGAACUUGCGAAUGGCGCUGAUGAAUCAAAUACGGUAGAGAAGGCCCCUGAUGGAACACCUGAUGGUGGAGGAAUGCUCGUUGUUAUUGUCCAUGAAGGUCAGGAUCUCGAAGGGAAGCACCACACCAAUCCAUCCGUACGUAUGCUCUUCAGAGGGGAAGAGAGAAGAACUAAGGUAGUAAAGAAAAACAGAGAUCCAAGGUGGGAAGAGGAGUUUCAGUUUGUGAUGGAGGAGCCACCUGUAAAUGAUAGAAUUCAUGUAGAAGUUGUUAGUACUUCAAAAAGGAUGGGUCUGAGACAUCCCAAGGAAACUUUGGGCUAUGUGGACAUAUACCUUGCUGAUGUUGUGAACAACAAGAGAAUUAAUGAGAGAUACCAUCUUAUUGACUCAAAGAAUGGUAGACUUCAGAUUGAGCUGCAAUGGAGAACUGCUUCUUGAGGAUACUGCCAAAUCCUCAUCUUUGUAAAUGAUUUUAAGAAGAAAAAUUAAUCCCACAAUUAAAUUUUUGUUUUGGGGACACAAGUUUGUUUCUCUUUUAUUUAGAGUUUUCCUGUACACAAUCAUAGAUUUUUAAGUGUUGCUCUUAGCUUAAUUCUUUAGAAAAGCAAGCCAUUUACUUGAUUUGUUGCAAUGCAUGAUAGUUUGGUUAAAAUUUGGUGUGGUGAGGAAUUCGGGGUAUAACUCUGCAUGUAUAUUU